ACACACACACACACACACACUGAGAGAGGGAGGGAGAGAGAAAGAGAGAGAGAGGAGCACAGUGAGCAGUAGGAAGGAGGUGCCGCACGGACAACUGCGUCCCGCUCCUAACGCAAGCAUCUUUACAUCCUCCGGCACAGAGCAGACUUCUCACCGCUCCGACUUUUUUCACUUGAUCACAGCUUUCUCGUUCACGACGGAGGGGAGCUGCGCGGACAUUAAAGCUUCCAGGCCUCCAAGGAUGGACUCCAUACCUGCGGGGCGAGACUCCAGCUCCUCGCCAAGCUCCAAGCAAGAACUUUCCUACGCGAGCGCCAAGAACCUGAAGCCCAACCAGGUCGGGGAGACGGUGCUGUACGGAAUACCGAUCGUGUCUUUGGUGAUAGAUGGCCAGGAGAGACUUUGCCUUGCACAGAUAUCGAACACCCUGUUGAAGAAUUACAGCUACAACGAGAUCCACAACCGGCGUGUGGCGCUGGGGAUCACCUGCGUCCAGUGCACCCCCGUCCAGCUGGAGAUCCUGCGGAGGGCCGGGGCGAUGCCCAUCUCCUCCAGGCGCUGCGGGAUGAUCACCAAGCGCGAGGCCGAGAGACUUUGCAAGUCGUUCCUGGGAGCUCACUCGCCUCCCAAACUUCCAGAGAAUUUUGCCUUCGACGUGUCUCACGAGUGCGCCUGGGGGAGUCGAGGCAGCUUCAUCCCGGCCAGGUACAACAGCUCCAGGGCCAAGUGCAUCAAGUGCUCCUACUGCAACAUGUAUUUCUCCCCAAAUAAAUUCAUAUUUCACUCGCACCGCACGCCAGAGUCCAAGUACACGCAGCCGGACGCGGCCAAUUUUAAUUCCUGGCGGCGGCAUCUCAAAUUAACAGAUAAGAGCAGCCAGACAGAUGUGUUGCACGCCUGGGAGGACGUGAAGGCCAUGUUCAAUGGUGGCAGUCGGAAGAGGACGCUGCCGUGCGGGGAGUCGGGGUCCAGCUCUCCGUUGAAACCGCACGGAUCCAACCGUCCCCGAGAAUCACCCGAGGUGCCCGCAAAGAUCCUCAGCUGCGAGGACAACCGGGGCGGCAUGGCGAGCACGCGCAGCUACCCGGUCAUCCCCGUGCCCAGCAAAGGCUUCGGGAUGCUGCAGAAGAUCCCGCCGCCGCUCUUCCCUCAUCCGUACGGGUUCCCAGCUUUCGGCCUGUGCCAGAAGAAAGACGACGGCAUGAUGGGAGAGCAGAGCAAAGCGGGCCUCCCGGGCGUCCUGUGGCCUGGUACCAAGGACAGCGCCUACCACUCCUUCCCCAUGUUCUGGCCGGCGGCGGGCGCGCUGCCCAUGCCUCCGUACCCGCAGACCCCGCACAAACCCCCACCGGAGCUGCUUUGUCCCCCCAGACAGACCGACAUGGACAUAUCCGAGCACAGCGACCGCAGCACCAACACGUCGAAAGACAGCAUGGUGGAGAACGAGCGGUGCUCCAGCACCCAGUCCGCGCGCAACGACGACGACAAGUCCGGGGACGAGGCGAGGCCGCUGGAGGGGAUGACCCUGGCGCCCCGGAAGAUCAGCUACGUCUCCGCGUUCAGACCCGUCAUUAAAGACGCGGACUGCAUCGCCAAGCUGUACGGCAACAGGGGCGCGUACAACGGCUGUCGCACCGGCUAUUUAUCGCCCGAUUUUUUAAGCGAGAGCUCGAGUUACCGGUCCAUGUCCCCGUGCGUGGACAGCGAGGGAGAGCCGGACGUGGACGUGGGGACGAAUAAGACAUCGGAGGAGGAGGAGGAGGAGGAGGACUCCCAGCCUCUGUCCUCCGCGUGUCCUCGGACUCCCCCCGGCUUGGCUCACAGUGUUUCCCCGAACGGUUCAGACUCCAAGGCCAUGCAGGAGAGCAGCCUGGUCGAGUCCCAGAAAAUGAGCCUCCAUGCGGCCCAGUCCUCUGACAGAGGGCUGCAGAGCAAGCAGCUGUCAGAGACCCACAUAGCUGCGUCUUACACCGAAGUGUUCACACCGGAGAGGGCUGAGCUGCAACAAAGGAGCAGUCCGUAUCAGUUCAGACCUGCGAGUUACCAGACUGGAGCUCUUACCACAAAUGAUGAGAGUUCAAGUAAAGAGGAGCCGUCAUCCACGGUGGAGGAGAUCGAAACGAAAUCUUUUAAUGAACAAAGCAGCGAGGAGAUGCAGCGAGAGCCGGACGACGGCGAGGACGCGCCAACCAGAGCUCUGCCAGCAGGAAGAACCAUGGAGGGUCUGGCAAAAGAGGACCUGCAGAAGCAGCUGUUAGAGCAAGUCGAGCUGAGGAAAAAGCUGGAACGUGAAUUUCAAAAUUUAAAAGAUAAUUUCCAGGAUCAGAUGAAGAGGGAACUUUCCUACCGGGAGGAGAUGGUCCAGCAGCUUCACAUCGUCAGAGAAGCUCACGACGCUUUGCACCAUUUCUCGUGUAAGAUGCUGACCCCUCGCCACUGCACCGGCUCCUGCUCCUUCAAGUCUCCCCUGCUGCCCCCCUGAACCUCCGCACAGCACCGGAGCACGACACAACAAGAAGGACACAUCUGCAGCUUCUGUCAGAGCCUCCUGGGACACUGCUCACAUCAAGCUGAAAGAAGACUAACUUGUAAUUAAUUGUAAUAUUCUAAAAAAAACAAAAAAACAAAAACAAAAACAAAAACAAAAACAAAACAAAAAACAAAACAAACGUGUAUCAUUCCACCCUCCCUCCCCUCAGCAUUUAUGUAACCAUCUCGCAUAAUAUGGUGAAAAGUCGUUUUACUGAAAUGAUACCAUUGAUGAUAUUUAUUAUUUGUGGCAAAGUGCAAUGACGAUGUAUGUAUCCUGUAAUAGUUAUAGGUUGUUAUUUCGGUUUUUUUUUUUUUGUUCUGUUGUCAAUAAUAGCAGCGCUGACUAGCCAACUCAUUGCUCCUUCUCCUCUCAGUAUUGUGGAUUAGCCUACUACUUCCGCUGUGUUCGUCUCUGCAGGCCAGUCGCUUACUUUUGGAUGUAAUAUGCACUUUAAACAAGUGAUGGGGACAAAAUCUUUGAACCAUAAACAGCUUGUGCAUUGAAAAAAAUAGGCCUACAAUGUUAUAUUUCUAGCGGUCAAACCAUGCCUAUUUGUUUUUGGUUUUUUGUUUGUUUGUUUGUUUUUUCCUGACAACACAGAAGUUAGUAGGCUAAAUGAGUACACCUGCGACCUUGUAAGUAUAGCGACAUAUUCUAUUAAGAGUAGCCUAUUUGUUCAUGCAA